AUGACUAAAUUAAAUUUACAACACAACAAAGUUGAUGGCAUGACGAUUGUUUAUCAACCUCAUUCUAGUAAAAGAAAAAGGCUUGAAUCGUUGAUCUCGCAAACAAAAGUUACGCGCUUACAUAUUACGAGACAACUGAUGAAUCUUGAAAAGGUUUUUGUGCUGAGAUUGGGUCAUUGUCAAGAAGUUGCAUUUUUUAUAAUAAAUUAA